CAAACUUACGAUCAGUUUCCACUUCUGACAAGAGAACCGGCAAUAACAAGUGUAGCUAAUGUUCUGUAGUUUCUCUACUAAUGUCUAUGUUGAAGUGCCAUUGAUAGCUAUUAUCCACUCAGACCCAGAGAAGCAGACUAUCUGAGGCCACCAUGUCUUCGUUCUCCCAGAAGGGGUCCCCUCGCUGCCAGGCUGGCCCAGGGAGAGAGGAGGUGGCUGGGGCCCAGCAGCAGAGGAUGACCCUCCCAUUCACCAUGUCCCCGGGCCACGUAGACCCAGAGGCACUGAGAGCCAGGCUGAUCUCUGUAGCCCCGAGCCAGGCACAACGCAACCCUGAUGCCCUGGUCUUCACACACACCACCAAGGCCCAGGAACGCAGGAGGGCAGGGCAGAGACCCAUACCGCUGGAGAUACUGCCGGUCCUGAAGAAGUACCAGGACCACAAGCAGCCAGAGUUCAUCCACAGGCAGAACCGGGAGAGGCUGCUCCAGUCGGGCUGGAAGCCUCCGUCGCCCUCCCUUGCUGGGGUAGAGUGGAUGGACAAGGCCCCUGACAGACAGAGCGCCACCCUUCACCUCCCUGAGCUGCCUGACCACGUCAAGGAGAAACAGGUGGAAGACUGAGAAGGGCUCUGCUGGACGGACAGACGUCAUGCAGAUUUGACAUGGUUUCAUUUGAAAUCAAGAUUGUCUUAACCAUGAUUUCACUAGUGAUAUACAGCCAUGUUCUGAAAUAAAUGAUUGAUUGUAGACGGUGGGAGGCAGAUUCUGAGCUGUGCUCUGUUGGUCAGUAGCCCUCCCUAUAGCCCCCUCGCUCUCUGAUGACUCUGAAGCUCUCUGAAGCUGAGAGGUAUCACAGUGGACUGAUACGGGUCAGACAACUGUUCAACUCAUCGAAGAAACCAGUCCACAAUCAAUAUCUGUCUCUUUUGUUGUCAAGAGAUGUAGUACAAUGUCCCCUUUCAGCUGUUCAUAAUGCUUUUCAAAGUCAAAUAAAUAAAAAUAUAAAAGCCUGACUGACUGUCACUGCUUCCUCCCUCCAGGCUCAGAUGACCCAGAGUACCCUGUGUUCCCCCUCUCCCCCCAAGCGCCCUCGCUCCUCCAAGUCCGCAAAGCCCUCCCCCACCGGAGCCUUCCUCCACUCCCCCUCCCCUCUCCCAGCCAGUCACCCCGUCAUCUUCAGCUCUGCAGAGGAUGUGAUCCGUGCCAAAAUACGCUCCCCGCCGGACAUCGUCAGAAUCAUCCGGAACAACCCUCACCUGGGCUUCCUGUACAUGACCUCUGCCGCACCCAAGAGCUCCAUCAAAUAUGAUGCUUAUAACCUCAAGAUAGUGGCGUAUGAGAACAUCAACAAGCAGGACUACUCUACCAUCAGCCAGCAGGGUGUGACCUGCAUCUCUGACGCGGAGAUGGACUUCCUGCCGUUAGAGCGCUGGGAGCAUGAGUACCGGUGCCACCGUCGCCUCCUGGCCAUCCCGGCCUUCGCCCUCUUCAGGAGGUGGAAGGCCUUCAGAGUGUGGCGGACCAACGUCCGCUCAAAGAAGAUCAACACGUGCAAGAAGUCCCUGCAGGAGCGCCUGUUCAUCGUCAAUGAGUCUCUGCGUCCGGCGUUGCUGAACAUCAGAGAGAUGUGCUACAGGAUCAGUGACAUGGGGCUUUGUCACAUCCUGAAAGAUCACACAUACACUCUGGAGGAGUUCCAGGAGGCUCAGUACAACCAGCUGGAGGAGGUAUCUUCUCGUCUGGAAGAGUUCAGGGAGCUGGUAAAGGAGGUGGCCAGGAGCGCCUGUCACACGGCCAUGUUGGAGGCAGGAUACACACCUGACUAUAACUACAACACAGGUACACACACCUGA